AUGAAACUGGAAUAUGGUUGUGCUGCCAUGUCGACGACACCUCAAAAGAAGUUGAUGUGCUAUUGUUAUUCCGGUGGUGAGCGCAUGGUGAAUGGAGAUGGUGUGUUAGGGAAAUAUUCGGGUGGUGUUUCUGAAGCCACAAUCAUCGAAGAGGGCAUAUCAUUUGACGAGUUAGUUACAAAAGUUUGCUCCCGUAUGGAUAUUAGCCACGAGGGGAAGACUUUAUUUUAUAGUACUUCUAGGGACAAGUCAAAGCAUUUGCGUAUUAGGGAUGAAGAUGGUGUUGCUAUGUUGUUCCAUUUAAAUGAUGAUGAGGUUGACAUUUAUGUACAAGAAGAUACUGUUAAUCAUUUGCCUUGCAACUUAAGCAGCAGGGAGUCAAACUUCUUAAGUUGUAGCCCCUCUACUGGUGGUGGAGGAACUUGUUCUCAUAGUGAAGGUAGCCUGGCUGUUUGCCACGAAAUGGGUUUGGUGCCAUACUCCCAACAACGAGGUGAAGACAUCCUAACUGGGGACGGCCAAUUGUUUGACAACCCCAGCCUCUUUAAGAAGGCAGUUAUUUUAUUUUCUGUGUUGAACAAGUUCACAUUCAAGUAUUUGGACAAUAGUCGUUCAUAUUAUAGGUUGGUUUGCGUCAUUGAUGGUUGUCCAUGGAAGCUAACGGCUAGAUCGCAAGGCAAGUCUGAACUUAUUAGAGUGAUCAAGCUGAACAACGAACAUUUGCACACUGCACACGACACGGCUUCUUUCAAACCAAGGAUUCGGGCAAAAGAGAUGGGUAUGAUUUUCAAGGACAAACUACUUGUGCAGCCCAAGCUCCUCCCGAGGAGCAUAUGCAAGGACUUUGAGUUAGCGUUCCAUAGUCCCCUAACUUACUCGCAGGGAUGGAGGACUAAGGAACGUGCCCGUAAAUUGAUAAGUAGCCCAAUUUCGAUGACGUAUCACUUAGUGCCGUGGAUGUGUGAACGACUUAUACAAUCGAUUCCAAAUACAAGGGCAGUUUGGACUUCGAAUGUGGAUGGCAAGUUCAGCCAACUUUUUGUCGCUUAUGGUUGUAGCAUUACGGGCUUCUUGUCGGGAUGUCGACCCAUGUUGUUUAUUGAUGCCUGUUUCUUGACUGGUCCUUAUCGAGGUAGUUGCAUGUCUGCAGUCGCGUAUGAUGCGAAUGAUCAGUUGUUCCCCGUUGCAUAUGCUGUUGUAUCAUCUGAGAAUUAUGAGGAUUGGCUAUGGUUCAUGCAGAAUUUGAAGGAAACUGUUGGCGAUAAAGCAAUUGUGUUAGUCACCAACCGCAAUAUUUCGUUGUUAAGGGCAGUGAACGAGGUGCUUGGCGAGGAAUUUAACGCAUGGUGUGUUCGCCACGUGAAGGAGAAUUUUAGUAAGUUUGCCACCGGAAAAGGAUUGAGGGGGAACCCAAAGAGUUCUGCAUUGGACCUCUUCACAAAAAUUGCGUAUGCAAGAGAUCAUCGACUCUAUGGGGUGUACAUGACCAAAUUAUUUGGUGUGUCACCUGAGUUGGCAAAGUGGGUUGAAGACAAUGGUCCACAACACUGGUCAAAUGCCUUUUUUCCGCACCGGAGGUGGAACAAAUUGUAUACGAAUAUUGUUGAAAGCUUCAACAAUUGGAUAUUAAAACUGAGAGACUUGGACAUCAUUCAAUUCAUCAAGGGGCACGUGAACAUAACUUCUGAAUUGAAUGGUUGA